UGGGAUUUAAGGUCCCUUCCAACCCCAAACCAUUCCAGGAUUCUGUGAUUCUACUUUGGGUCACCCGUGGAGAGUGAAGGUUUGUAAAGUGUGUGAUUUCUGGGUGAUGUUCAGAGGUGAUGUUCAGAGUGUGUUUAAGUGUUACAGUGGUUACAAGUGAUUCCCAGGGACCGGGAUUAGCAGCUCUGUGGUUUCAGGCCUGGAGGAGACGUUCCUGGGGAUCCCAGCUGAGCCCCGUCAAGUGUGAGGUUUGUGCAGGGCUCGGGCAGUGGCCGGGUGUCCUCCCCAGAGCCACUGUUCUUCCCAAGCAGGAGUAGAGUUGGGGAAAGCAGCUCAGCACCAAAGGCUCUUAAUGAAAGCCAUAAAACUGCAGGUACCCUCCGUUUUUGCUCCUCACGUUCCAUAAAGGACCAGAAAGCAUUAACUCUGUGGGCAUGAAAUAAGGUUUUGUGCCUUCUUUUGCAUCCCUCCCAUUCUGUGUGGAUCAGGUCGGAAUGCUGUCCAGCGUGGCACAGAGUGCCCGUAAGGACAGGAGAGAGGAGCUGCUGCCACACGGCCACCACGGUGUCACAUAAACCUGCAGGGACAGGCAGCAAAGGGGGGCAGUCAGACACGACAUGAGGCAGCACUGUCAGGUGUGCUGAUCCGGGUGCUCCAUGGGAAUGCUGGAAUGCCAGCUGGCCUCGGCAGGGAGAGGGGCUGGGUGUGGGAGGGGCACACGUUCUGCAGCCACAGCUUGUGCCAGUGCUUUUCUUUCGACUGCUGAAAUAGAUACGUGUGUGUGUGUUUGACACAGCUGUGUCAGCAAACCAAGAUGAGCAGCUCACAAGCUCAAACACUGCUUUGGGCUUCGUUCUAGGAUGAGCUGAUGGUUCAGAGUAAACUCACAAUUUUGCUGUGUGAGCUUAUGAGCUGAUUGAGGUCACAUUGCCAUGGUGCUGUUUAUUCUCUGCCCGUGCAAUAGCACCUACCAUAAUCCAUAUGUUAUUGUGUGCUUAGGGGAAGCUUGGAAGGGCUCUGUUGUACAAAUGAGGUGGACAAACUCCUAAAAACCCAAGUGCUUCAUCUUGUGGUCCUGUGGCAGAACUGAGACACAAAGUGUUGGCUUCUUCUCCAUACCAGCUAAGGCAUCCCUCUCCCUUCCUAGACCCUUUUCCACCUCUAAUCUUUCAGAGCAACAUUUUCCUUGAUUUGUAGUUACAAUUUUUCUCUCUUCAUGAGAAACAAAAAUUAGUAGGAAGUGCAAUCGGUGGAGCUUGGAAUUCCUCAAUUCUGAAUUUUGUCUUUUUUUCCCGUUCACUGACAUAGACAGUCUCUUCGCGCCGUUAAAUGCUUGCCGGUGGCCAUUGACACUUUCUCUUGAGGCAUUGGUACAAUUCCAUUGCAGGCUCUGAAGGUUCGUUUCAGUCCCUGACUGAUGAGGUUCCUGGAGGUGAGGCUGGGGUUGUUUUUGGUAACGGUAUUAGUUCAGCCUUGCAAAAUAUUACUUGCCUGAGGUGAGUAACAGGUUUUGAUGGAUAAGUAAAGCAUCAUCUGUCACCGUCACAACAAAGUGCAGGUGAGGUGGUUGUGUCUGAGCUCCUGAGUAUUCCAAGCAGUUCUGAGACCAGUUUAGUUGUGCUGCAAGGAGUCCCGAUGGGUUUUGUGUGUUUCUGUUUAAACUGCAGCUCUGUUCCUCUCUGGUGGCACAGGAGUGCCUGGCAGAUGUCACACGUCGGGUGUCAGACACUGCUGCGGAGCUCCCAGGAGACGGGGAAUGCACAGAGCUCUCAGAGCCAGCUCGCUCCGAGUGAGAGGAGCAGCUUUGCUCAGCUCCUGCCCUGUUUCAGGGCAGAAAGGUGAUUUGUAGGUUAUUCCCAGAGCAGCACAGUAUCAGAUGGUUCUCUUGAUGCCAGCUGCUUCUUGAAUGGGAUUUCACCUCCUAGUCCAUGGAAGCUCAGCCAGAAGGGCUGCAAACUUCAUGUUAUUAUUGAUUACAGUCUUUGGGUUUAUUGUACCAUUGCAUUCCUCACCAGAGAGAGACACUGAAGUUCUCAUGUCGUUGGAAAUGAUCCUGGCAGCACCUGAAAUGGAAUUUCUGUUGAAAUGUUUCUCUUCCCAUUAAGUCUGAUGGUGUUUAUGGAAGUAGAGUGAACCCCCAUCCACCCAUUCAGCCUUCACCCUUAGUUUGUGUGAACUUGUGCCCUUUUUUCUUCCUUUUUUUUUUAAUUUUUGGUCUCCUAAUGAAGGUAAGAUGGAUGUUAAAAGCCAAAGCUGGCUUUUUACAGUAACAAUGAGGUGGUUUCCCAAGGCUGCAUUGGUUCAGGGGCAGAAAUGAGAUCAAACCCUGAGUAUUUCUGACCUCUUCCUGUGGAUUCCGUGUCUAAAGAUAAAGCAUUGAGGUCUGGGUGGGAGCAUAUUAAUUAGGCUCCAUUAUCUCUGCCAGAUAUGGCAAUCAUUUAUCAUUUUGUAAAUCCGAAUCUGCAACUUGGAACUGAAUGACUCAUCUCAGUUUUGCAGUAUCUUCUUUUGCCUUAAUGUUUCUGAGGCUUAAAAUGCUAAAGAUGAAAAGAAAUCACGAACUGGGACGAAUGAGGAAUGUUCGAGCCUGACUGUGGUUUGUCGAAGUGUUUCAAGUUAGUUUCUGCUCUCUUUUUAAUUGCACUGUUUGCUUCCUUUUAUUGGGUUGUCUUGAUUUUAUUGUAGAUUUUACUGAUAGGGAGCAUUAUAAGAAAAGCCAUUUCUUUAUUAUAUUUUUCUGUGGGUUUUACUGGAUUUAUAAAAUGCAGAUGAGAAAGACCGAUUAUUUUAUCAGGUCUUCUCUGGUUAAGUUCAAGAUUAUUUUCUACAUUGUUAUUUUUGACAGUUUUCCUGGCCCAGUUUGAAGUAAAUUAUCCAAGUUAACUACUUCUGUCCAAGUACCUUCCAAACUCCUUCUCCCCGAGGGAGCUUUGUAAAUAGUCUUGGUGCUUGAGCUUCUUUAUUUUUAAAGCCUGAACGCAAAGAAUAACAUCUAAAAAGGGAUGGGUUUGCCCUUGUUGAAACUGGCAUCCAAACAUUUGCUACAAACAAACGUUUAUAGAUGUACAAGGCUACAUCAAAUAUUAAUAUAUCCAAUACCACGGACACAAGGCUCAUUUAGUCCAAUUCCUGCCUCUCCCUGCAGCCGUGGGGGUGUGAAUGUGUUCUGUGACCCUGAACACGGACACCGGCUGCAGAAGUUCCGCACCUGCUGGUGCUCGUUGUUUUUCUAGUACAAAUGUAGGUGUUCUGGGGCUGGGGUUGGGCUUCCCCAGCUCCCCUGGCCGCAGGAACAUUGUGAGAUUGUGGCAGGAGGGAGCCCCAGCUCUGUCUGCACCGGUUUGGGCAGAAGCAGAACUGUUCAUUCGUGUGCAGGAGCAUCACUGCCCCGGAGUCCUCUGCUCCUACAGUGCCACGGGCACCUUCCCAGCUCCUGGGCACGGGAACUCUGGAACAGCAUGUGGAGCUUGGAGAUGCUCCUUGCACUGACCUUCUGCCAUGAGACUGAGUUGUCCCAUCAGACACAGCACGGAGCCCCUGGAGUCUGCACCGGGAUGCUGCUGCUCCUAAAGAGUUUGAGGGAAGUGAAUGGGAUGGAAUCCUGCAGGAAGCUGAGUCACUUAGAACUAUCAUUUCUUCAAAAUGGGAUGUUUCUCUUUGUGUUGAAAUGGAAAUGAUGCUCUGUCUCCUUGGGGCUGCAGAGGAGGAUGGGAGCCUUUCAGAAGCAAGUCCAGCAUCUUUGAAGCUUUAAGAAAUACAAACUUUAGAUAAAGAGCGGGAAGAACGCUUAGGAUGAAGCUUUGAUAGGGUGUGGAGGCAGGAUCCCGAGGCCAGGAAGCGCGCACAGUAGAAGACGAAAGGGCUUCUCCAUUCAACAAGGAGCCCUGCUUCAGAAGGAACCAAAGCUUUCAGACUGAGGUUUCAGUGAAGUGCAGAUUGCUCAGAAAAGAUCUCAGACUAAUGAAGUGCUUGGAAUAAAAGCUUUGGAGUAGAGCUUGGAAAUGCAACCACCUUUGACUUGCCUCUUUCAUUCUGGAGUUCAGUAGCUCCAUAAUGCAGACAGUAAAGAAGAUCAAGGAGUGAGUAAUCUUUGCAGCUAUUUGCUCAUUAGAAAGGUGUUUUUUUAGUUUUGUUUUGGUUUUGUUGUGUUUUUUUUUUUUUUUUGAUGCUUGGUUGCAUUUGCAGGUCAGGAAUAAUAAAAUAUGCACAGUGACACUAUUUAACACACUUUAAUAAUUUUAUCUGGACCAGUAAAGUGUUCCUUCAUGACCUCUGUUUUAGGCUCCAAGGAUGAAUGUCUGAAGUCUGCCACGUAUCAUUCCUUUUCCAAAGCUGCCCUGUGUGUGUCUGGAGGGGUUUUCUAGUUCUGCAUCUGGAUUUCCUGUGAUGUCCUUGGCAGGACAGGCCAUGUAUAUGCAGGGUUGUGCUGGAGGGUGUCAAACCCCUCCCUUGUUCCCAGCUCCUCCCCUCAGUGGCACAGGGAGAUGGGAGUGGGGGUUAUGGUCAGUUCACAGGUUGUUUCUGUCGCUGCUCAGGGAGAGGAGUCAGUCCUUCCCUGCUCCAGCAGGGAAUUCCUCUAGUGGGAGACAGUUUUUCAUGAACUUCUCCAGUGUGAGUCCAUCCCACGGGCAGCAGUUCUCCACAGAUUGCUGCAACGUGGGUCACUCUUCCCCCGGUCAGUCCUUCAGGCUGUUCAGCAUCACUUUGUAAAUCACCAGUUUCCUUUGAUUAAAUUACUCACUAUUCAGUAGAGCUUCUUCAUAGAUAAUAUCACAGAGUCAUUAAGGUCGGAAAAGACCUUUAAGAUCAUCAAGUCAACCAAGAUGUGCCUGAGAGUACUGUUGGAGACCAGUGCUCCGAAAUUAAAACAUUACAAAUAAAAGGGGGUUUUCCCUACUGAGGCAGUGUGGCAGCACACAGAUGAUAAUUACUUCCCUCACAAUGGGAUACUGAGUGUCAGUUAAUGAAAGUUUGUAAAGGACUUUGAUACAACUCAUUUCCUGAAAGGUGUUGUAACAUUUUAAUGUAAUAGUUGUCUUUUUCUUUGCUUCUGCAGUGCCCAGACAAGCCGUGCCCUGCUCUGAUUCCCAAACCUGUGAGCAAAUGGAUUGCUUUGAGAAUGGAAAGAUUUGUACUCAAACGGGCUCCCAGCAGCACAGGGAGAGAGACAUUCCAGAUGAUUGCAGAAACGGGAAAUAAUGGAAAUCUUACUACCAGCAGUGGCUGUCAGGUGACUGAGGCUGGCAGACCUGUCAGACGUCUCCGGAGGAAGAGAAGAUUGCCUCUGGAUUCAGAGGAUGAGGAGGAAAAUGCAUAUGAGGAUGAGGAGAAGAAUAAAUCAAAUAAUAUGAAAAGCCGCAGAAACACUAAACCAAUAAAACAAGUGCUUCCUGGAAAGAAGAAGGUAUGGAACUGGUCUUCCUACUUGGAAGAAGAACAGAUGCCAGCUGCUCCCCAAAAGCUGUUCAGAGAGUAUCAAUCAUUCCCACAAGGCCGAAAUGGAUUUAAAGUUGGAAUGAAAUUGGAAGGGGUGGAUCCUGAGCACCCCUCUCGAGUCUGUGUUCUCACAGUGGCUGAGGUCCAGGGGUACAGGAUGCGGCUGCACUUCGAUGGUUACCCAGAGUGCUACGACUUCUGGUGUAAUGCUGAUUCCUCAGACAUCCAUCCUGUGGGCUGGUGUGAAAAAACAAGCCAUAAGCUGCUCCCUCCUAAAGGUUUCAAGGACGGAGAAUUUAAUUGGACUUCCUAUCUGAAGAACUGCAAAGCUCAAGCAGCUCCGAAAAGCCUUUUUAAGACCCUCAGCAGUCCUGUCACACCUUCUGGGUUUCGUCUGGGAAUGAAACUGGAGGCAGUGGACAAGAAGAAUCCGUCCCUGGUUUGUGUCGCCACCGUCACGGACAUGGUGGAAAACCGGCUGCUGAUCCAUUUCGAUAACUGGGAUGAGAGCUACGACUACUGGUGUGAAACGAGCAGCCCAUAUAUCCGUCCUGUCGGCUACUGCCAAGAAACUGGAACCCCACUGACAACACCACCUGGAUACAAGGAUUCCAAAGGCUUCUCAUGGGAGAAAUACUUGGAAGAAACUAAUUCCCAAGCAGCCCCAGCAAGAGCCUUUAAACUGCGUCCUCCUCACGGAUUCCAGGCUAAUAUGAAGUUAGAGGCUGUGGACAGACGAAAUCCCAUCCUGAUAAGAGUGGCAACAAUCGUUGACAAAGACAACCAUCGCGUUAAGAUACAUUUUGAUGGCUGGGACCAUCACUACGAUUUCUGGGUGGAUGCAGACAGCCCUGACAUCCAUCCUGUGGGCUGGUGUGACAAAACCGGGCAUGCUCUGCAAGUGCCUCUAGGUGCUGAAGACCCAGAGGAUGCAGUGGGACAGGCGUGUCCUACUCCAGGCUGCCAGGGGAUCGGGCACGUGCGGGGCCCCCGAUACGGAACACAUUACACCUUAGUUGGCUGCCCAUACUCAGAUGUGAACCUCAGCAGAGAGAACCUGUUACAGGACCGGCUGAGUGGGGAGAGACCUUCCCCUGGGAACAGCAUGCAGAAAGCCAGGAGGCUGGAGACCCCUGUCCCCUUGCUGGGAGCGGGGGAGUCUUCUCAGGGGGACUCUUCACAAUCCAGAAAAUCUGCAUCAGACAGUGAAAAGUGGUGUCAAAGCAGCAUCCACACUCCAUCAGAACAGUCGGAAAACAGUCAGGAGAAAGACUGGGGAGAGGAGAAUUCCUCUGCAGACAUCAAAGCCACACCAAAAACGCUUGGGUGCUCACAUGCCUAUAUCAAGUUUCAGCUGGUGAAACAGGAAAGCAAUGGGAAAGGCCCUGAUUUGGAUCUCCAGCAGGCCCUCCACCAGUCUAUCUUCAUGCCUUCCCUGGCCUCUAACCCGACCCACCGCCUCCAUCUCUUCUGGGAGCAGCACUGCAGGCUCUUGCCAGAGGUCUCGGGCCUGACAGCCAAACAAGUUGCCAAAUGGACUGUGGAAGAGGUGGUGAGCUUUAUCCAGCGUUUGCCUGGCUGCAAAGAACAAGCGUCUGUGUUCAGGGAAGAGAUUGAUGGCGAGGCCUUCCUGCUCCUCAAGCAGAACGACAUCGUCAAAAUACUCAGCAUCAAGCUGGGCCCUGCUCUGAAGAUCUACAAUGCCAUCCUCAUGUUCAAGUCUGCAGAAGACAACUGAGAAGAGGCCUUUGGCAGAUCCCAGGAGGAACUGAUAGGGAAUGAAUCUUCAGCUGUGAGCAUUACAAUGCGCCGGACAGGUGGAUUGGGACUCGGACGUUAUUUUAAGUAGAACUUAGUAAAAAUGGUUUGAGGUUAUAAAAAUCUUGCCACAGUCUGGAAUAUGGGGCAGCUUCACUUCCAAGAAGAGGAUAUUAUUAUAUUUUGUAAUUGAAUUUGGUUUUGAUAUAUCAAUCUCUUUUUGAGAUCGAGAAGAAACCUCCAGUUCUAAGGGGAAUCCAGGGUAGCACUGGUGGAGCUGCAGGAGCAAGAAGAAAGUUUUGAGUAAAACUGGCUUUGCGUCCAGUGAUAGUGCCUGAAAGACUGAGUGAUCACCAGCGAGUUUAAUGUGUUCUGUAAUAAAAGAGAGAGGAAAAAGAUGCACUUCAAAGCAACUCCCCCCUAUCCUUCUCUGCUGUGACUCAGGAGCUGACCUUUUCAGGACUGAUCGUUAAAUUCCAGUUUUCCCUACUGGUUGUUGUGAUACCCUUGGCUGCUGGGCUGCCUACACCCCAGCAGGAAGGGAGCAUGGGCAGAGGGUUUCCAUCAGGGAUGGCUUGCACUGGUUCUGCCAGCAACCAAAUGUCCUCAUUGCUGUCAUUGCCUGUGAGGAAGCAGGGGCUUGCAGGUGAGCUUUGGGUAGGCAGAGAUCCCAUACGGGCGUCUGCCACUGGAGACAGAGAGAAAUGUUAGCUGUAAUUCUGCUAUCAGUGCUUUUGUGCAGCUGCUUCUGGGCCAGGAACAUCUUCUGGCAAAAUGGCACAAUCAGGAGCACUUGGGGGUUGGAUGUAUGUUUGUUCUCGUCCUCUCCACUGUCAGCCAAACGCUCAGAAUAGGAGUUGGAAACCCAGCAGUGGCCAGAGUGUGUGUGAACAGAUUUCCUAGAAACAAGUGGCUUUUCUUUUGAACAAUCCCGACUGAUGAGUGUGAAGUGCUUUGGCCUUCUCCCCGUGAGGUGGACUUCAGUGUGUUCUGCCAGAGAGCCGGAGGGCAGCAGCUCCUCUGCCUCCGGGAGGGAGGCAGGCAGAGCACACAGGGAUAUGAGAUUGGAGAGGAAUCAGGAUUUAAACAGCAAAGUGGGGGAACAAUUACUUCCCAAAAGAGAGAGUUGCUCUGUGGGGAAGGAGUGGAGCCUGUGGCUGUGUUCCUGCAUGUGCAGCCUGUGCUCUCCUGGAUGGGAGCACAGGCGGUUCCUGCUCCCUCAGAGCCCAUGGACAUCCUGCAUGGGGCUUUCCACACGGGUACUUCCCGAGCUGUCCUCUCCCCUUGGGAGACGCGGUGGGUCCCGCUGGGCUGCGCUCGGUGUUCCCACCUACUUCUGGCAGCCCCAGCUCAUGGCUCCCCCUCUGGCCACUCUCCCUGGCAGUUGUUUGGCUGUUCUAGAACCGCCUCAGCUCAGGCAGCCCUUGCACUCCUCAUCCGUAGCUGCCAGGCUGAAUCCUGUGUGUGGGAAUCCCUGGGAGCACUGGGGCUGUGACCUGGUGCUGCCAAAGGAGGUUCUGUCCUCAGCCUCUGCCAGGCUGUGUGGGUGUCGUGAUCCAUCUACAGGCACCUCAAACUCCCUUGGCAUCUCUGCCACCAGCGUGGCUUCCCAGGAGCCAUCGGGAACAGAGUGAACACGCUGUCUGUGACUGCGUGGUGACUGACACAAGGAACACACUUGUUCCCCCUUCCUGCGUCACCCACGUCCUUUGUCCAACCCUCCUGCUGCUGAGAAGGUUCUUGUGACUUGUCUGAAGCAGAAGGUUCCUUAAAAUUGUAAGUAGAACCCACACCACUGAAGCCAUUCAGUCCUGGAAUAAUAUUUAGAGCAGUUUGUUUCCAUUUUUUUUUUUUUUUAAAUAAGAAUUUAAGGAGUUUAAGCCUUCACAGAGAAGACACAGGUUUGGUGGGAUGUUUAAUAGCUGAACCAUUAAAUAUCAGCCAGGCAGCUGCAGGGGAGAAAUUUCUUGCAGUGUUAAGGACUAGGCAAGGGGUGAAUUUAGUUUAUUAAAAUGCAUUUUUAGUAUGAUAACCAGGAUAUUCACCAAAGAGUCACACAUUCCUUUAUCCCGCUCUGCACAUCCAGUGUCGACAUAAAGACUUGAAUUGUAAGUGGCAUGUCCUGUCCUCUGACAGAACUCGCCUUUGGGCAAAGCAAAAUUGUUUCUUGACAACUGGAACAGAGGAUCCAGAGCUGGGCUGUUUUAUUCCUGGCUCUCCACUGACUUGCUAAAUAACCCCGAGCCCUUCCUUGCCCCAGUUUCCCCUUCUGUGACACCCAGCCAGGUGGGGCAAGUGCAAUUUUGCCUUUUUCUUGUUUAAAGCAAGCAAGUCCUGCCAGAUUUUCUGUUUCACCUCCUUCCUCUGGGAGCCUGAGUUGGGGGACAGCAGAUUGCUUCUAGCAAUAAACCAAAAUAUAAUAUUAAUUCCGUUUCUUUUACUAUAUAUAUAUAUGGAGGAUGAAGAGAAUCGGUUAAACAAGCAAUGAGGUUCUAGUCAGUGAAAUUAUUCAAACAGAAGAGAAAUCUUUAAUCCUUGGGGCUUCCGAGCCAGCUGGAUCAAAGAGGAAAAUGUGUACUUGGAGGUUGUUCAGUGACAGCCAGCGCAGUGCUUUCAGCAGGGGGGAAGGAGGAACCUUUUAGGGAUGGAAGAAGGAGGAAUGUGCUUCUUGUGCCUUUUUUUGUAAUCUGAUAAUUGUCUUUGCAGAGCAAGCAAGAAUGUGCACACAUCUAUUACCCACUCCUUUCCCAAAUAUAGCUGUAUUCCAAUAAAAUCCGGCAACUUCACAGGGCAGAAAGACUUCCAGUGUCUUCACUGGACACAUUUAAAACUCCCUGAUACUUACAAGAUAGAAAAGAACUAAACCAGCUCAUCUUUUAGCCCCAUAACUUAGGAAUUCAUCAGUUGCUGGUGCCAUUCUGCUUGUGUCAGGGAGUGUUGCUUGCCCCGUGUCCUGCUGCCUGUCCAAACCCUGCUCCGCCUGUUCCCAGCCAUGCUCCAGGCCUGUGGCACGGCCAGGGCUCUGCAGAGGCCUUAUCUGAUGCCUUGUGUAAUUUGAAACGUGCACUUUGAAGCAAAAAUCCAAAAGUUGUGGCUCUGUGGGGAGCAAAACUGAAGGUGGUUAAUGCGGGCUGGGAUUGGGAGGAUGUCGAGUCUGCUGGAUGUCAGCAGGAACCAGUUGUUGGCCCAGCUGAACCCAGGAGUCUCUUAGAAAUACAAAUAUAUUCCUUAGAAGCAGCCCGGAGCUGUGACAAGUUCCCAUGGGCCAGCAGCACAAUUGGGAAGUUCCACUUCUCAAGAUCUUAUUCCUGGCUGUGGUUUUGUUCCCUUGUCGCUGUUUUUGAAAUCCAAAGCAAUCAAAUUUUUUCUCCUUUUCUCUUUUUCUCCUCGGUUGGGAGUCCUGUUAAAAUUUUUCUGUGCCAUCACCAACAAUCAUCCUCAUAAUCCAGUAGCAGCAAACUUCAGCUCUGGGUAAUGAAUUGCAUUAAAGUUGGACAGGAGCGUUUGGCGUCGCCGACAGCAAAACUCCGCAGCCGAAGGAAAAACCCGACACUCGGCCCAGGGAUAAGCCAGUUCAGCUGUACGAGAUUUCCUGCCUGCUACUUCUAUGUCCUGCUUAGGGAUUUAUACCACAGAGAGCUUUAAGGUUUUUGACAUCCUCCCCAUCAUGUGAUGAGCCAGCUUAUUUUGGAGAUUCCUGUUACUUGAACUGGAAACACGUGCAGGGGAAGGGAGCAGGGGCUCAGCUCAGCCUCAGAAAUGUCUGCCUGUUUAAAACCAAAUACUUGAGCUUUUCGACAAUAGCCAUGACCUUGCACUCCACCGAUGCUUUCCUCUGGAAAUGUGAAUAAAAUUAAUAUACGUUCA